AUGGAAGACUAUUCAUUAUCAGCUUUGGGAUUAAAUGGAAAGAAUAGCAAUUCUACUUGCAGUGUGACUCAUUUCAGGCCAACUGGUAGUGAAUUUGGAUAUAAGGAAAUUAAGCGAGGUAAUUUUACGUGCUUCGAGAGACAAAUGAUUAUGAAACGGAUGAAGUUGUACAAUUUAGUAGGUAUUUUAGCUAUUAAUUGCUUAAGUAACAGUGUUUUCUACCAAGCACUUAGAGAAAUGAAAGAGGCUUCAUGUGUUUACUUAAUUGACAUCUUCACACAGGCUUUAAACAUCAGAGAUGAAAAUUAUACUGUGCAUAAAUUUCUUUCUUUAAUAAUAUUUUUGUAA